UAGCGCGCAAAGCGCCCGUAACGGACAGUGAGAAUCGGCAAAAAUUUGUCCGCACAGUAGUAGGUAUUAAUCGUUGCCCAUUCUCUGCUAAAAGGUGUGAUGUUCGAUAUCUGGCUGCGCGAAGCCGGCAGGUGUGUCGUCCAACGCACACUGACACCCCAAACCAAGAUGGUUCGUACACCCGGCAGCCGAAAUGCACAGCGGUUUACUGCAGUUGCUCAGACGGGCUGUGCGGCGGAAGGACAACGAGGAGUCGAUAUCGUAUCCGUGGCACAGUGACGAAAACCCACGUUCGAUCGAUAUAAGUUUCUCCUUUGUCGAUACUUUAAUAAUUACGGAACUCGUGGCAUAUUUAACAUCGGGUCUCGCAGUGCCAUAAACAUUUGCGGCAAUUGGUUCAUCACUGUGUCUACUGCUCUCGAGUCUUUGCAGUCAGUGGCAUCAGCGACAUGGUUCCAGCACGUGUGGUGCUAUACUUCCUGUCAUUCUCUGGUUUCCUGGUGAGCUUCAUGAUGCGCACUGACAUCAACAUCGCCAUUGUGGCCAUGGUUCGCAUCCCACCACCUACCACCAAUGCCAGCAAUGCAGAUGCCCUAUACUGCUAUGAUCCAGCUGCCACAUCCGAGGCCACUGCCAAUGACUCACUCUCUACUGCUGCAGAGUCACCUCCGGAUGAAGGUGAGUUUGACUGGGAUCUGCGAACACAGUCAGCAAUCUUAGGAUCAUUCUACUGGUGCUACAUCCUCUCACAAGUGGUGGGUGGUGUGCUGACACAACACUUUGGCACAAAGACGGUAUUUGGAAUGUCACAGCUUACAACUGCUGUCUGCUCACUGCUCAUACCGGCAGCUGCAUCUGUACACUACUCGCUGAUAAUUGUGCUGAGAUCUAUACAGGGCAUUGCAUCGGGGCUAACAUGGCCAGCUAUGUAUGCCAUUGUAGGCCACUGGAUACCUGCUGUUGAGAGGAGUCGCUUCAUGUCUUCUUUCCAAGGGUUCAGCUUUGGCAUUGGAUUAACAUAUCCCUUAUGCGGAUUCAUCAUUGCCCACUUUGGAUGGAGAGCAGUGUUUUACACAACUGGAAGUAUUGGGGCUCUGUGGUGUAUACUCUGGUGGCUGCUUGCUUUUGAUACUCCAGCAAAGCAUCCACGCAUUACUUCUGCAGAAAAACGUUACAUAGAGUCCAAUGUUGGAAAUACAGUUGUAGGUGACAAGGGCUUACCAGUACCAUGGAAAGCAAUUUUUACAUCGUUACCAGCAUGGUCUAUAGGAAUUACAACAUUUGGACGCAUAUGGGUUCAUUACACAUUCAUUAUUCCAGGACCACUCUAUAUGAAGACUGUUUUAGGUUUCAGCAUACAAAAGAAUGGUUUGCUCUCUGGCGCACCCUUCCUCUGCAGUUAUGUCUCGUCAGUAUUUUUCUGUUAUUUUGCUGAUGUUUUGGUUACUCGGAAGAUUCUUUCUUUGACAAAUGUUCGGAAGCUUUUCACUGCCAUGUCUCAGAUAAUUCCAGGACUACUUGUCCUUGCAAUUGGAUACUUAGGCUGUGAAAUAGUGUUGGUACUGAUUGCUUGGUUUCUUGCUGUUACCCUUAUUACAGCAUCUUAUGCUGGUGCAAUGGCUAAUGUGGUAGAUAUUGCACCAAAUCUUGCUGGACCAAUCCUAGCAUUUGCACAAACAAUUCACAUGACGGCCAGUUUUCUAUCGCCACUGGUUGCAGGUGCACUACUGCAAGAAAGUCCAACUUUGGAGAACUGGCUUCAUGUGUUCUGGGUGUCUGCAGUAGUGUCAUGCACGACAUACAUCAUGUUCCAGAUAUUUGGAACAGCUGAAAUACAGGCUUGGAACUAUCCUGAUCAGAAAUAUCCACUGACACCUUCAGCAGAGGGCAGUGAUCAAUUACUACCUUUAUCAAAAAAAGAAGAUUUGCAACAAAGGAGGAAUCAUGAUGCUGCUGAAGGCUGAUCAUCAGGGUCUACAUUUUUUUAUUGACCACAUGUGCUUUCUAUUUCUGUCUGACCGGCAGACAACAAACAAUUUAACUAACUUCCAAAAACUUAUACUGUUGCUCAUCUUUUGUCUGUGCUCGAGAUGCAUCAACAUUAUGGUUCCCAAGUUCCUCUUUGUUUUUCUUUGUGGAAAUAGUGAAUUAUGUUAGUGUGAGUCAGUAAUUUUGUAUUUCACAAAAACUCUUUGGCUUAACAUUUCUACAUAGUUCUUAUAGGUUUAUGUGCAUACAUUACACAUGAUGUGUUCUGGUCAUUAUGCCAUGGUACUUGCUUGAUAAAACAGAAAGCUAUUAAGAUAUCUGAGAGUUUGGAUAUAAGGAUUGGCUUGUAUUUCAUAUUUUUUAAUAAUGGAGAUUGGAAACAGCAUGCAAGUCUUUGUGGACAGAUGAAAAUGGAUAGGGGACAGUAAGAUAUAUAAAAAUAUUAUAUUAAUUUAUUCUCCUAAUUGUCAUAAUUGCUACCUAAAUAUGGAGCUCGUGCGCAUGCGUGUGUGUGUGUGUGUGUGUGUGUGUGUGUG